UCACCGCAAGAAGAAAAGCCACCCAUUCGUACCCCUCCCCUACCUCCCAUCCCUCGCCCUGGAGCUGCCUUCAUCGCAGUCACGCCCCUUCCUUCCGAGGAGCUUUCUGGUUGCCUAAACUGGUAGACCCCCUGAAUUGCUCCUCCAUCUCCGCUCUCUUUCGCCUCCUCUUCUUUUAGUUCUCACCGCCUCCCCCCACUACCACCACCUUCAGUCUGUCUCGCCUCCGACCAUCCGCUGCUCCACCCUCCGGCCCGGUAUCCUGACUGUCCACUGCCACCAAGGAGAGUCCGGACGGAGCAACGAGGAGGGGAGCAGCCGGGAGUUGGGGCUUCCCCCCUGCCCAUCCCUGGCAGCCGGCCCGGGACCGAAGCCACUUGAGCGAGCAGAGAGUCGUCACCUUGUCUUCGUAGCCUUCAGGGAGCUGCUGAGAAGGACAAAUAAGAUAACAGAAGUGAAAGAGCUUUUGUCUCCUUAGAAGGAAGGCUGAGAAACUAAAGAGUGACCAGUGGUUGGACUCUUGGCGGCGCUUACCCUGAACCUGAGUGUUAGGGGAGAGGGAAUCUGCCGUUGCGGUUUCUGGAGCUGCUCAUAAGCAAGAGUUCCCUAUCCUGAUCAAGGCUUUAAGCCUAAAAGAAAGCAGAAAUAGGUCAAGGGCAGCCCAGGUGCCCAAUUUCUCUCUCUCUUCACAAGGCACCACCAGCAAUAGAGAUGAGAAAUUCUGAAGAGCAGCCAAGUGGAGGAACCACAGUAUUGCAGCGUCUGCUACAAGAGCAGCUUCGCUAUGGCAACCCUAGUGAGAAUCGCAGCCUGCUUGCCAUACACCAGCAAGCCACAGGGAAUGGCCCUCCAUUUCCUAGUGGGAGUGGGAACCUAGGCCCUCAGAAUGAUGUGUUGAGUCCCCAAGACCACCACCAGCAGCUUGUGGCUCAUGCUGCUCGGCAGGAACCCCAGGGCCAGGAAAUCCAGUCAGAAAACAUCAUCAUGGAGAAGCAGCUAUCCCCUCGAAUGCAGAAUAAUGAAGAACUCCCAACCUAUGAAGAAGCCAAGGUCCAGUCCCAGUACUUUCGGGGCCAGCAGCAUGCCAGUGUUGGAGCUGCCUUCUAUGUCACCGGAGUCACCAACCAGAAGAUGAGGACCGAGGGACGCCCAUCAGUUCAGCGGCUCAAUCCUGGGAAGAUGCAUCAGGAUGAAGGACUCAGAGACCUUAAGCAAGGGCAUGUCCGCUCCUUGAGUGAACGACUAAUGCAGAUGUCACUGGCCACCAGUGGAGUUAAGGCCCAUCCACCUGUUACCAGCGCUCCCCUCUCCCCACCACAACCCAAUGACCACUACAAGAAUCCCACAAGUUCCAGUGAAUUCUACAAGGCCCAAGGGCCACCUCCCAACCAGCAUAGCCUGAAGGGCAUGGAACACCGAGGCCCCCCACCAGAGUAUCCCUUCAAGGGCAUGCCAUCCCAGUCUGUAGUGUGCAAGCCCCAAGAGCCAGGGCACUUCUAUAGUGAGCAUCGCCUGAACCAGCCAGGGAGAACAGAGGGGCAACUGAUGAGGUAUCAGCAUCCCCCUGAGUAUGGAGCAGCCAGGACAACACAGGACGUCUCAUUGCCAUUGUCGGCCAGGAACUCUCAGCCUCACAGCCCUACUUCUUCUCUGACGUCUGGGGGUUCCUUGCCUUUACUGCAGUCUCCACCAUCCACAAAAUUGUCUCCUGUGCAACACCCCUUGGUCUCCAAUCAAGGAGACCACUCAGCUCACCUGCCUAGGCCGCAGCAGCAUUUCCUUCCUAAUCAGGCCCACCACGGGGAUCAUUACCGUCUCUCCCAGCCCGGCCUGAGUCAGCCACAGCAGCACCAUCACCAGCAGCAGCAGCCGCAGCCGCAGCCGCAGCCGCAGCAGCAGCCGCAGCCGCAGCCGCAGCCGCAGCUGCAGCAGCAGCCAGGAGAAGCCUAUUCAGCCAUGCCUCGGGCCCAGCAAUCUGCUUCAUAUCAGCCAAUGCCAGCAGAUCCUUUUGCCAUUGUUUCCAGAGCCCAGCAGAUGGUCGAGAUCCUCUCAGAUGAGAACCGGAACUUGCGGCAAGAGUUGGAAGGAUGCUACGAGAAGGUGGCCAGACUGCAGAAGGUGGAGACAGAAAUCCAGCGUGUCUCAGAAGCUUAUGAGAACCUUGUGAAGUCCUCUUCCAAAAGAGAGACCCUGGAGAAAGCCAUGAGGAACAAGCUGGAAGGCGAGAUUCGGAGGAUGCAUGAUUUCAACAGGGAUCUGAGAGAGCGUCUAGAGACUGCCAACAAGCAGCUUGCAGAGAAGGAGUAUGAGGGAUCAGAGGAUACCAGAAAAACCAUCUCUCAGCUCUUUGCAAAAAAUAAAGAAAGCCAGCGGGAGAAGGAGAAGCUGGAAGCGGAGCUGGCCACUGCCCGUUCUACCAACGAGGACCAAAGGAGACACAUCGAAAUCCGAGACCAGGCCCUAAGCAACGCCCAGGCCAAGGUGGUGAAGCUGGAAGAAGAGCUGAAAAAGAAGCAGGUGUAUGUAGAUAAGGUGGAGAAGAUGCAGCAGGCCCUUGUACAGCUCCAGGCAGCAUGUGAAAAACGUGAGCAGCUGGAUCACCGUCUCCGCACACGGCUGGAGAGGGAACUGGAAUCUCUCAGGAUCCAGCAGCGCCAGGGCAGCUCGCAGCCCACGAACGUGUCAGAAUACAAUGCUGCUGCGCUGAUGGAGCUCCUUCGGGAGAAGGAGGAGAGGAUCCUAGCCCUGGAAGCUGAUAUGACAAAGUGGGAGCAGAAGUAUUUGGAAGAGAAUGUGAUGAGACAUUUUGCUCUGGAUGCUGCUGCAACCGUCGCUGCUCAGAGGGACACAACGGUCAUCAACCACUCUCCUAAUACCAGCUACGACACAGCUCUAGAAGCUCGCAUCCAGAAGGAGGAGGAAGAAAUCCUGAUGGCCAACAAGCGUUGCCUUGACAUGGAGGGCAGGAUUAAGACCCUCCAUGCCCAGAUUAUUGAGAAGGAUGCCAUGAUCAAAGUACUCCAGCAGCGUUCCAGGAAAGAGCCGAGUAAGACAGAGCAGCUGUCAUCAAUGCGGCCGGCAAAAUCUCUGAUGUCCAUUUCCAAUGCUGGGUCAGGCUUGCUUUCCCACUCAUCCACCCUGACUGGCACCCCCAUCAUGGAAGAGAGGCGGGACGACAAGAGCUGGAAGGGGAGCCUAGGUAUUCUCCUGGGUGGAGACUACCGCGCCGAGUACGUCCCUUCCACACCGUCGCCUGUGCCACCCUCGACUCCCUUGCUCUCGGCUCACUCCAAGACAGGCAGCCGAGACUGCAGCACCCAAACUGAACGUGGGACGGAACCGAACAAAACUGCCGCUGUUGCUCCCAUCUCUGUUCCUGCUCCAGUUGCCGCUGCCGCCACUGCUGUUGCCAUCUCUGUCACUGCUGCCACCAACACUGCCACCGCUGCCACCAACACCACCACCAUGGUAGCUGCUGCUCCAGUUGCUGCUGCUCCAGCUGCUACUGCUGCUGUUGCUGCUGCCCAACCUCCAGCAACUGCUGCUGCUAUUGCUGCUGCUGUUUCUCCAGCUGCUGCUGCUCAGAUUCCAGCUGCUGCCUCUGCUGCUGCUGCUGUUGCUCCUGCUGCUGCUGCUGCUGCUGUUCAGGUUGCUCCAGCUGCUCCGGCUCCGGUUCCAGCUCCCGUUCCGGUUCCGGCUCCAGCAGUGGCUCAGGCUUCUGCUCCGGCUCAGGCUCAGGCACCAACUCCGGCUGCGGCUGCGGCUCCUACUCCAGCUCCAGCUCCAGCUCCAGCUGUGGCUCAGGCUGAGGCUCCUGCAAGUCCAGCUGCCGGCUCUGGACCACGUCGUUUGUCUAUACCAAGUGUGACCUGCAAUCCAGAUAAGACAGAUGGCCCUGUUUUCCACUCCAAUACUCUGGAAAGAAAAACUCCCAUUCAGAUCCUGGGACAAGAGCCUGAUGCAGAGAUGGUGGAAUAUCUCAUCUAAACAGCCAAAUCAAAAGCUACAGUUUAUCAGCAAGAAUGCUUUUAAUCAUUUUUCCCUUUUGUUUGUUCUUAUUUUGAGGGCAAGGACAAGGGUUGGGGGGAGGGGAUGUUUUUUAAAGGGACUUUUUAUUGGGACAAUAUAGUACUUUAAGAAAUACCAUGUGAACUGCAGUCUGUUCUGGUAUGCUUAUACUUAGGGAGUACCUCUAAAGACAGAUUAAUCAGAAUGUGCUCUAAAGUUUAUUGUUUGGAUUUAUACAAAUACUGGGACUGUAUUUGUAACAGGUAGAUAUACAUCAAUGUUUUCAAUGUGCUUAAAUUUGUUUAAAAUUUCCAUAUUCAAGAUCAUUUUUUCUUGAAGAGCACAGUAUGUGUGGAAGACAGUGUGUAACACGUAGUUCGGAAGUGGGAAGCUGGACAGAAUUUGAGUGUGUCCUGUUUUGUAUAGUUACUAUCUAGACAGCAGCCAGAGAAAGCUCUCACCUCGGGCUCACGAAAGGGAAUAGUUUUAAGAACUAUGUAAGCUGGAGGAAAGGUAGGGAGUAUUGGGGAAGGGUGCUGGAGCUCAUUUCACUUCUCAAUUUCCCAGCUACCCUGCCCCAGGGGAUGGCAUUUAUCUUCAUUUCAGUGGUGCUUUGGAAGUGGAUUCUUUUGGUUCCCUCUGGAGGUCCAUACAUUCGUAUAUAUGCUCUGGAGUAAUUUAUGCAUUUGAAUAAUUAAUAUAUUGCUUUCAGAUGCUAGGAGAGUAAAUUAACUGAGUGAUGCACAGCUUCCUCUCUCUUAGGGAGUUCGACCAUCAGAGACCUGGGUGGAGAGUUGCAUGAAGUGCUGUAGGCAGACUUUUGUAGUCCAUGGGUAGCCAUGAACACAGCUCGCUUGCCAUUUGUAAGACCAAUCAGCUUAGUGUUUAUUUCUUCUACAGCUGAUUCACUGGCUGGGUCACCAGUUUCAAUCAUUUACAAAAUGAGGAAGUGUUUUUGUUGACAGUUUGAAUGCUUUGAAUUUCUGGUGACUACUUUGAAAUAACUCAUUUUGUUUUCCCAAAUUUUUGGCAUGUCUUGAAAGGCAUAUUUGACUAUCACCUCCGAGGGAAUAGCAUCAGAAGCCCAAAGUACUGUGCUGCAGUCGAGGGAGAGGUUGAUUGCAGCAGUGUCCUCAACUACCUCUUCUCACUGCCAGUGACUCUAUCUUAGAAUAUCUUUAGGAAUCAGUGGGAAAUGUGGGCAGGGACCAAAGGACGCAAUGGCUCCAAGCCUUGCCAUAGGGCUGCCUCCAAAGACACAGAGUGAUACCAGUUGCCACAGUUCCCUGCCCUGUGUCACCUCUCUGCCCUUCAUUAAGGUGACAAAUCCACAGAUGGCGUCAAGAUCAGUUUUCAGGGGUAUA